AUGACGACCCCCUUGAAGAAUAUUUCGUGCCGUCGUUGCCAGUCUAGAAAGAUUCGAUGUGAUCGAGUCGCCCCUCGAUGUGACAAAUGUGAAUCUAUUGGUGCGGAGUGUACAUAUGUACCACGCAAGCCACGAACGAAGAAGCAAGCCAGCGAUACCAAUGAAAAUGGUGUUCUAUCAGACGUUCUUCGCCGCCUUGAACGCCUAGAAGAUCGCUGGGGGUUGGAGAAGUCUCCAGAUAUUAAUGAUCAUGGCGAUAUUCCGACAUCAUUGUCUUCUUCCAAUAUUGAUCAACCUUUAUGUUCGGAUAACUCCCAUGCUCCGACCAUACCAAGCGUUAUUGAGAGUAUCUUGAGUCGCAUCAAAGACCCACAGAGUCGGGCACUGCUCUUCUCCAAUGUUUUCAGUCAUCUGCGAACGGUCGAAUCGUCUUUUUUCGAAAAUGAACGUUGCACGGGAGCCAUCGCUGCUGCAAUGUCUGAAAUUGAAUAUUUGCAGAACGCAGCAGCUGACCCAACCCCAACGAUUCCCGAAAUACCCAAAGAAGCUACAAGGAGUUUCAUUCAAAAUUAUUAUGAGUGCUACCAAUUCGAAGGAUUCAAAAUUCCCUUGGAGAAGGGUUUCUUGCUAUCCAUCCCCGACCUACUCGAUAACCCUCACGUUCAGCUUGACUAUACUUCACAAAUUAUCUAUCAUACUAUUCGCCUUCAAGGGAUUAUAUUGGAUCCCAGACCAUACAAGGAUAACGGCAGUCUGAUUAGACAUCUAUACAGAAAGUGCCUUGCUCUCAGCGAUUUUUGGCUAGAGAAUAUUCAGAACGCUUACCCCGAUCUUUUUGUUGCAGUUUUGAUGACAUCAAUGGCGCUAGAAGCCUGCGAUAGCGAUGUGGCUUGGAAGAUGCUGGGCCACGCCUGCAAGAUUGCCAAGGCAUUGGGUUACUUCUCCGUUGACGGGAAUCCAGAAGGAACAGAUGGCCAGCCACCUCUCACAGAAAGAUUGAAUAUCAACGAAAUUGAAACAGAUAAAAACAGAAAGCGCUUCGAGUUCUGGCACCUGCUUCGAACGGAUUGUCUGUUCAGAUUGUCCUUCGGCAAGCCCACUCUUAUGCCGGCUGGGUCCUGGAAGGUCAAUUUCCCUGAUCCCACUAUUACUGGCAUCGACGAUGAAGGCUCUCGUUUUAUCCAGAUCCAUUUCCUAGCUUCUAUGCGACAAGCCUUGGUCGUGCUGAAGUACCUGGACUGGAUGGACUUGGCUCCAGAUCUAGACCCAGUAUUGCACGAUGCAACAAUCGACAGCUUCCUUCAAGAGGUGCAGUUGAUUAUGUCUGACUGGAAUACAGACGAACUUGUUAGAAUGGCCAAGACCCAAGUAGACACAUGGUUUUGCGUUGACAUGGUGUUUAGCAGCUACAAAUUCCUCGUUGUUCUUCACCAGUCAAAGAAAUGCAACCAGAACAGGCACAAACUACCACCUCAAAGUGUGGAUAUUUCCAGAAAAUCGGUUCAAAUGUUCCAGUCUAUCGUCGGGUCAUCACUACACGCAUUCUGGGGAAUAAGUCUCAUUUUACUGCACCAGUUCAUUCCCUUCUUUAUACUAUGCUUGGAUAUCAUUGGGAAUCCUGAGCGUCCUGGGAUUGAAGCAGAUAUUAUUUCAGUGACCUGGAUCAGUGAUUAUGUUCAAAAAAUGGUUGAGGAGCGAACAGAGCUGACACCUGUAAUGAUUAUCAUGAAGGCUAUGGUGCUUGCUUGCCAUCGAGGUCGAAGUUGUCCAUCUUGA